CAUAUAAAUAUACCAUCUAGGGUUAGGGUUAGGUACCCAAAAAAAGGCUAACAUUUUCUCCUACUUAUCAUCUAGUUUGGAUGAAUAAAGUGGAAACCCAAAAAAAAAAAAUUCAGGCACCCAUUUCCACUAUUUAUAAAGAUCAAAUAAUUGGUUUUCCUAAAUUGAUCAGCUAGGGUUUUGGAGGAUGAAGAAACGGCAAGUAGUAAUGAAGAAAGAUUGCACAGGAGGGAAAAACUCUACCACAUCAUCUUCAAUGGUAAGAACUGUGAGGUAUGUUGAGUGCCAAAAGAAUCAUGCGGCAAAUAUUGGUAGCUAUGCUGUGGAUGGGUGCAGAGAGUUCAUGGCAAGUGGAGAUGAAGGGACAAAUGGUGCGCUUCUGUGUGCUGCUUGUGGUUGCCACCGGAAUUUCCAUAGAAGAGAAGUGGAAACUGAGGUAGUUUGUGAGUAUUCACCACCUACUUUCAAUGAUUAGAUAACUAUAUAUGGAGAUAUAAUAGCCCUUAUGUAUGUGUGAAUAGCUAGAAGGUAGUUUGUGUGAUUUUAUCAUUUUACCGAUUGCUAUCAUAAUAGAACAAAUUGUUGUUGCAAAUCCUCAUCAACAG